CCACACGAACGACAACUAAUUCAGCCCUACAAGACGGUCUAUGAAAAUCCCCCCACGAUCUCGAACAUGACGUUUCAUAAAAUUCGGAAACUGCAAUAUUUCGUAAGGGAACUUACGGGUCCAGAUUUAAACAUAACCAGAAGCAUGUGUCCUCAAGAGAGCUUCUCAAAAGCAUCUCAACCGAAUCAACAAUGGCAAUAUCCACAUUACUGUCGCUUCUGCAGCGCAGAAAGAAAGACACAAUACCUGUCACCGAACCCCAAGCUCUCAAUUCCAUCCUAGAAUUCACAGACUCCACGCCAGAAGACCGGAAAACGACACCUCUCUUCGACUUUCCUCCCGAAGUACUCGACGCAAUCAUCAGCAAACUCGACGUAGCCUCAGCAAUCUGCCUCGCAUUCUGCAACAAGAAGCUUUCCGAAUAUCUGACCCUGCAAAGAAUAUACGCAGAAUGCCGACGCGGCCCAGCCCGAGAACGAGCCAAGUUCCUCGCCCUGCUCACAGAGAAUGAACCUGACAUCGGCGUGUGCUGGGAGUGCGGCACCGUAUACGACUGGCACACGCUCCGCAAAACAGGCGACCCUGAGAGACUUCGAGCCAGGGAACUGUUUAGGAAGAAUAUGUUCAGAGACGUGCAACACACGCACUGCUCCGUCUCGCACUUCAUCUUCAGCAUCGUGUCUGUGUAUCGAGUUGCGUUCGAUGACGUUUUCCUAGCUAUGAAGAGAUACCGCCUAGGAGACCCAGACAUGGCAACGGAGCACUUCCGCCAUCUGGAAGUCGGACACCAUGAUCUGUUUGGGUUCACGGUCGUGACGUCCGCUGAUACUAAGGUGAUUAAGAACGAGUUGCUCCAUCGCUGCCAGACGUGGAUCGGUACGAACCCCAAGGGUUUCGACUACUCAGGAGACUACAUGAACGUACUGUUCAAAAUCUUGCUUAGUACCCUGUGCGGCCACAACGGAUCCUCGCGACGCGGGAUGACAGUAAGUCAACACGCGGACAGUCUCGUCAAGGAGGUACGAGACGAGGUUUUUCUCACCAUGCUUGCUCCGCCGGACGAAGGUAAGAAGGCAGAUUGGCAGUUCGACUGGCGCAAGCCUGGCGAUUGCGCUUUCUGCCAUACGGAAUACUUGUUCGAAUGGACGCGCCAGGGAGCCAGUGACGGGAUGAUACUUGGUAUCACGGUGUGGCGGAAUCUCGGUGAUGGUCGGACGAUCGAUGAGAAUAAAUGGCGGUUGAGGGAGAGGGGUGUUGGAGCGGCGCCACAAAAGGCUGAUAUUGCGGAUCAUUAUGAGGAUCCAGAGGGAAAAGAUCAUCGAAGGCUGGGGCAGGCAAAUCUUAAGCUUUUACGUUCCCAUACUUAUGGAGGAUUGUUUGGAAAGGGUUCAGGACCCAAAGAUAGGAAGUAUUUGGAGAGUUGGUACAACUCUCCGGAAAAUGAUCCGUUGACAUAUAGUUAUAUCAGAGGCGUCGAAAGGUUUGGAAAAUUAGGUUGACAUGUCUAGUUUAUGGAAAUUUUGAUUAUAACAUACCGAAGGCCUCAGCUUUGUAGUAACUUUCGAACUUAAAAUAGC